GUCACAUAAUGUAGUGUUUUCACUGCGUCGAGGCUAUGAGUCCCGUGGGAAUGCCCCGAUUUAGUCCCUUGUGAAUGAAGAGUCAGACAAGCGAACAAUCUUCAAGUGGUCCAUCAUCUUGCACUCAAAAUUUACAUCUGGCGUCUACGCGUCGCAUUGCUCAAAAUCUAGAAGUCAAAAAGACGCCUAGCUUCAAUGAAUACUUUAGCAGCAAAAGAAGAGCCGUACGUCAAAAGAUGGAACUUAUUUCUAAAGAAAUCGGGGUACACGAAGGCAAUGACUGACUUUGUGGAAGAAAUCGCCACCCAUGUCUCGAAAAAAAUCGCUGUGGGAAAUCCCGUGUUUCGAGUUCUUGGAGUGGGAAGCGGUAAAGGUAAAACCGACUUGCGAAUUCUCACUGGCAUUUCCAACGUUUUGGGGCAGUCUCAUCAGAUGAAUAAGCCGUCCAUACACUCUGUUAUCGUAGAGCCGAGCCAAGAAAUGAUAUCAGAGUUUAAGGCAGCGACCACUCCCUUGCCGCAAUCUCUUGUUAAAAGUUCAGCUGAUGUUACGUUCGAAUGGUGCGCUAUGACCCUAGAGAAGUUCAUCGAGUCUUUUCCCAAAGUGGAGAGCUUCAAUAUAAUUCAUUUUGUGGCCUCUCUGUACUACAUGGAUGCUGAAUUAUCGCUACGAAGCUGCUACCAGAAGCUUUGCCCGGGUGGAGCCAUGUUCUGUACUGUGGUCCCUGAAGAAUCGUUCUUCCCGCAAAUUUCAAAGAAGCUGCACACGAAAGUGGAUUUAGGUUCAGCUCAGAAGCUUUACUCAGAAGAAGAUGUUGUUGAUAUUGCCGCAAGAAACAACUGGAGAUACGAGAAAUUGUGGAAAGCGCAGUACAUCGCGGACAUAACCAGCUGUUUUGACGAGUCGUCCAAAGAGGGUGGCAUUUUACUUGAUUUCCUGACCCACCAGGGAGAGUUUCGCACAACAGCAGACAAAAUCUCUUACCAGGAGGCGAUGGAUUUUCUAGGUGCUGAGUCCGCUACAGAUGGUAAUGGGAGAAAAAUAAUUCGACCAGAGAUGACCGCAGUGGUAAUUUACAAAUAAGGAUUGCUGCUGCAGAAUAAGUGCGAAGGUUAACCAAACGUAUGAGUGGUGUGAAUUGAAAAAAAGUUGUAGCUGAUGGAACAUUUUCAGGACUCAAUAAAGGACUAAAAGAAAUACAUAUUAAUGAUAA